AUGGGCGGCGAAAGUAGUGAGCCUACAACACCUGAGGAGGUCCAACCCCAGGAAACAGUGGCGAGCCCACCACCCGACCUGGUACCCCCACCUUUCCCUGCCGCUUGCGCAUGGUCCCCAACCCAUCACACCGGGUCUCCGGAUAGUUGGAACACGAAAGUCGCCAACGAGUCGCGCACGCGGACGAGUGCCGUUGGCGAGCUGAUCUAUCUGGGCGAUAGCGCCGAUUCGUCCCUACUGGAGGAUAUCCGAAGCCUUGCUCAGAAUGUGGGGACCCCCCCCAAGCCAAGUCUAGACGAGGCAAGAAACCUCAUCCAGACCUUCCUCUGGGUCACCACAAGCUUCCUCGAUCUCUUCGACGAAGUGGACCUGGAACGAUCUCUUGAGCAUUGGGCCACGGCACCAACAGGCCAUGAGCAGCAUCGUGAUCAGGACACCAUUUACUUCCUCAUCUUCGCCAUCGCUGCACAGGCGGAUCCUACAGACAAGGAUUCUCUUGCCGACAAGUACUUCGCGUACGGCCGCUAUCUGGUAGCCUGCCACUACUCCGAGCAGCCAAGUACUACGGCCAUUCAAGCCUACAUGUUGAUUGCAAUGUACCUUCUCACCGCAGCUCGACGCGAUGCCGCAUUCAUGUACACCGGCCUCGCGACCCGCGCCGCAUAUCGCAUCGUCCGCCAGAGACUGUGGAAGGUGAUCUUCCAGGAGAUCUUGGACGACGUUUACUCCGAAAGACACGUUUCGAGCGACGUGUUGCGCAAAAUCAGCAACCACCAGCGCGAAUGGACGAUUCGCUUGCGAGAGGGCUUGGAGCACGAUGGAAUUCAGCAGACGGACUUUGUCGGCGCCGGUGAACACUAA